CAGAAGUGCAACGAGAGAGAGAGCGAGAGAGAGCGAGAGACAGAGCAAGAGAGAGCCCGAGGGACGGAGAUUGCGAGAUAGAUGGUGAGAAACAGAGAGACAGACGGACGCAUAGGUAGACAGAACCCACCCCACUCCGGACUCGGUGUGGAUGGCUGUGAGCGAGUUACAGACAUGAAGUCAGUGUGGCUGUUGCUCGUGGUUUGCUCGUUGCUGUCUGUCACGGCAGGAAAACCCUCGAUUUUCCUGACGGCACCCAGUGCCCUCCACGUUGGAGUGUCAGAGCCGGUAACCCUGCAGUUACUGGGGGUGAUGGACGGUCACCGGGAGCCGGUCUCAGUCGCCGUCUACCUCGAGGAAUUCGUCAGCCGAAAAUUGUCCUCCGAACACUACCAAAUCUUUCUCACCGUCCAAAAUAACUUCACCGCCGUUCUCCACAUACAGAUCUCUCAGCAGCGAGCGGCUGAGCUGAGGCUGUGGCGGAGGCGAAAGUCGGGCAUCCCACACGUCUUACUUGUGGCUGAGGUGUUCGACAUGAAGCAGAAAGUCUACCUGCGACUGGCGCCCAGUCUCACCCGCCUGGUCAUCCAACCCGACCAGCCCUCCUACAGCCUGGGGGGGCGAGUCCGAUACAGAGUAUUGAUGUUUGAUCGGUCGAUCAGCCUCUAUCCAAACAAUCUGACAGUCAUGAUGCAGGAUUCGGAAGGGAAAGUUGUGGACAUCACGAACUGCGGGUUUGUGGCAACGUGUUACGGUUCGUUCACCAUCCCUCCUGACGCAGUGGUGGGCCAAUGGAAGUUAUUCGCUACUGUCAGCAACGAACUCACGCAGACCUACUCAGAAAAAUUUCAAGUCCUGCACGUUGAUCACCACAGACUGGAUGUGAAGAUUAUCUCAGAUGAGGGAUAUUGGCUUGUGAAUAAGGAAUCAUUUCCAUUUACAGUCUUGGUGGAGAGCCCCACAAAGCAGCCUUUCGAGGGUGAUCUUACAAUGUACUUCACAGUGAUGGAUACCAACGGCAAAAAACACAGCCUACCGGAUCUCAACCGCGUGGAGAAGGUUAAAGAUGGCAGAUUGUCUGCUGAGUUAAAGAUGCACCAACUGUCGACCAAUAUGAAGAAAAUUGGGAGUUUGGACCAAUUUAAAGACGGUUAUCUGUACAUCGCUGUAAAAACCUGGGGGGCUGAGGGUAUUGUCACUGGCUCAGGGGAAAUUCGAGUGCCUUUUGUCCGUUCGCCGUACGCCGUGAGACACUCAAAGAGCAAACAGUACUUCACACCGGGAGCUAGUUGCAGUGUGCAGACAUCACUCGUCUAUCCCAAUGGCACUUUGGCUCUUGGGACCCCUGUGACAGUGUCAGUAACUAUCUCCGGAGAAGAAGUGACACAAGGAACGAGCGGGACAGAGAGUGACAGAAAUGGAGAUGUCAACUUUGACUUUGAUGUCCCCAACGACGCUAAGAACAUUACAAUAAUGAUGAAGGCUGGGGAUAAACUGAGGGGGCAAGUGCAAACCAGAGAGGUGUGGACCAUAGAGAAGAAGGACAACUCAAUGAAUGGGAACUAUCUACACGUCAGUGUCCCUCACGUUAGGAUUUACCCUGGAGACUCCCUGGUGGUGACUCUCGCAAUGAUCAGCCAAGUUCCCAGGAAUGAGACUUACACGUUCUCUAUCAUGGUUCUUAGCAGAGGGAAAUUACUGCUAUUUGAGAACGUUAAUGGGGAAUCGGAGACCAAGUUCCAAAUCCAUGUCACUCAGGAAAUGGUCCCGGCACUCACCAUCAUCGCCUACUGCUUUACGCAGCAGGAGGGCCGGAGAGAGAUCAUGGCUGAUUAUGUGCACGUGGAUGUGAUGAGCUUCUGUCGGGAAGAGUUUAAAAUUGACCCAGUGUUAAGUGAGGAGGCUAUACAUCUGUCAGUGUCCACCAAGAGGAACACUGAGGUCUAUGUGCAGGCUGUGGAUCCAAGGGACUCCGAGGAAACAUCCAGGUUUGGUGAAAUAACUGACCAGAUACUGGAAUUUUUCCGUUUGACGGAGUCCUCAGCCAGCGGAGGCCCUGACGCAGGGCAUGUCUUCCAGGCGGGUGGCCGUCGAGUGGUGUCUGACCUCCUCUCCUCCCCAGUGCUCCUCAAAACCAGCUGUUUGUUGAAACCAACUCAGAAAACAGGAAGACCUGUCAAAACACGAGACUGGUCAAGAGAGACAUCCCCAAAGAGGGCGAAGAGGCAAAUUGAUUACAGUACUGAAAUUCACGAGAAUGAUGUGCAGCCGAUCCCUGACCACAAAUGGAUUUGGAAUGUAAAAGCUCCCCCAGGAAAAUCACAAUACAGGUUGAUGUUUGACAGAGAGCCUCCAACCAGCAUUGAAUUCUGGGCAGUGACUUUCUCUCCGUCUUACGGGGUGUGUGAAGUGGGACCAAAACUGAUUGAAUUCAGUUAGUAGGAUCUGGAUCUUCUGAAGUGUAAGAGGAUGGAUUUUCUGUCUGCAAACUGCUUCCAGCCUCUCCGAAAUUAUUUGCAAUCCUUUACAAUUUUUCAAACUUCUUUGUACUUCUUCGAAACCCUCCUCAAAAACCUCAAAAUGGCUUCCAAUGUCCCCUGCAUUCCUCCUCUCCUCCCAACCUAUUCCUUCUUCUCUCCUCCCAACCAAAGUGUCAGCUUGGCUCAGUGGUAAUUCUCGGCGCUUAGUCAGAAGACUACCGGCUCAAACUCCCAUGUCGAGCCUUGACCUCACAUAGUCUAAGCUGACACUCCAAUGUAGUGCACAAAAAAUGCUGGCGGUGUGUUGCAUUGUUGGAGGUACCGUCUUUCACAUAAGAUGUUAAACUGACUUCCUGUCUGCCUGUUCAGGUGGAUAUUAAGGAUCCCGCAGCACUGUUUAAAAAGAGGAAUUUCCCUCUCCCAGUGUCCUGGCCAGCAAUCCCCCAAAUAAAAUUGCUCAAUCAUUUC